AAUCCAUUUCUGUUUUAAAUCCGUCCUCCCCUUCCUCGCCCACUUCCACCACCACCACCACCUCGUCUCCCCUCCCUCCCACCACCUCCGCCACCGCCCACCGCCUUGCGCCAGCCCUAGCUCCGAUCUCGCCGCCGCCGGGCCCCGGAUCCUGCCCCGCGACGAGACGCGCCACGGCCUCCUGGUCCUGGGCACGACGCUCCCUCCUCCCGCUCCACCUUGCGUAAAGGUGGCAGCAUUGGGGGGAUAAUUUUGUUCUCACCCUGUGUGGUACGUGGCAUGUAGUUUUGGUGUUCUGAAGUAUAUGCGGAGGGUAUAAUCCGGAUAUAUUACUAUUGAUUCUGCAAUGGCAAGGAGAUGAAAGUAUCGUGGGUGUGGCAGCGGGGCAGCAAGGACAUGACAGCCAUGCCACAUCCGCGCCACCGCACUGCCAAGAAGCCCAUGUGGAUAAUUGUGCUACUGUCAAUUGUUUGUGUUUCGUUGAUCGGGGCUUAUGUCUAUCCUCCACGGCGCUACUCGACCUGUUACUUCUUUGCUUCAAGUGUUUGUACUCCCUUUAAGGAUUGGCUCCCUGCUGUGACCCGGCGGGAGCUGACCGAUCAAGAGGUUUUUUCGUCUGUGGUCAUCAGAGAUUUGCUUGCAAUGCCUAUGCCCGUGUCCAAGAAGCCAAAGAUUGCAUUUAUGUUCUUGACACCUGGUUCAUUGCCCUUCGAGAAAUUGUGGGAGAGAUUUUUGCAGGGCCAUGAGGGACGAUAUUCCAUCUAUAUCCAUGCAUCGCGUGAAAAGCCUGUGCAUUCUAGUCCUUUGUUUGUGGGCCGAGAAAUUCGCAGUGAAAAGGUAGUAUGGGGCAGGGUUUCAAUGGUUGAUGCAGAGAAAAGGCUGUUAGGAAAUGCAUUGCUAGAUAUUGAUAAUCAAUUUUUCGUCUUGCUUUCUGACAGGUUUUCAAUAAUUCUUGCAAAAGGGUUCCUUAGUCAGUUUUCUUCCAGUAUGUUAAUAUCCUUUUCUUUGCAUGGCAGCUGUAUUCCACUACAUACAUUUGAUUACAUCUAUAAUUAUCUGAUGGGAACAAAUGUUAGCUUCAUUGACAGUUUCCUGGAUCCUGGUCCUCAUGGAAGUGGAAGGUAUUCUAUAGAAAUGUUUCCUGAAAUAGAGCACAGGGACUUCAGGAAGGGUGCGCAGUGGUUUGCUAUAACAAGAAGGCAUGCUAUACUGAUUAUGGCAGACAACCUCUACUACGGUAAAUUCAAGCUAUAUUGCAAGCCAACAGUGGGACGGAACUGUAUCGCCGAUGAGCACUAUUUGCCAACCUUGUUCAAAAUAGUAGAUCCUGGCGGGAUUUCUAAUUAUUCAGUGACACAUGUUGACUGGUCUGAGGGGAAAUGGCAUCCGAGGUCCUAUAGAGCUGCUGAUAUUACCUAUGAACUCUUAAGAAACAUAACGUAUUUCAAUGAGAUUGUGCACAUUGCAAGUGAUGAGACUAGAACUGUGACAUCGACCCCAUGUAUAUUGAACGGAAGAAAGAGACCGUGCUUCCUUUUUGCAAGAAAAUUUUACCCAGAUGCUGUCAACAAUCUACUGAAGCUAUUUCCCAGUUACACAUCUGCUUGAAUUCUACACGAUUCUUUGCCAUUGGCCUAGGAUUCCCCUAGGAUUUUUUCUUUUAUGUAAAUUUUGCAAUUGAUACCUAGCUUCUUAACAGAGAUCCAGGGCCAGAGACAUGUCGUUGCUACAACAAUAGCGACGCCCUGUCAUUCUGGGACCCUAGGUAGGGCUGAUGUGAUAUCUAUUUAGUAUAUGGACACUGCCCUCAUUGUAAUCCAUUGUGCCUUGUGCAUGUUUCUGUUAGCUGUCCAUUUUACCUUUUCCUCUCAUUCUUGUAUUUCUAGCUUUCCCUUUUUAGUUUCCUAGCUCCCAUCUCUUGAGGAACAGGGUUUUUGUCACGUUCGGCCCAUUCUUUUUGGACACAUAUUAUGAAAUGAGAGCAGCCUUAUAGUCUA